AUGAUUAUGUUUUUUUUAAUUGGCCACCUGUCAGUGAUAAUAAUUUGCUAAAGUAGAUAAAAUAUUUUUAGAAAUCAGACUCCAUUUUAAUAUAGCAAAUACAGGAAUUAUUUGAUAAAAUAAUCAAGGAAGUAACGAAUCAUUUAUCGCAAGAGAAGAAAAAGCUAAUUUAAUAAGUAAUCAAUUUUAGAGAAAGGAAAGAAGAGAUCCUUUAGUUUUAUAAAAAUAUUUCUCAAAUAGAUAAGCUAAAAUCGCUUACAAACUUUAAUAUAGGAAAUAUAGAGAGUUAGAUCAUAGAAUUAAAAUCUUUUAUUUCAGAAUAUUUUAAAUAUCAAGAUAAAAACACAGAACUUUUAUAAGAAUAGUUAUAAAAACUAGCUUUAGAAGAAAUAUAUAAAUUUGAUGAUUUUGAUCAAUGUAAAAAAACAAUAUAAUCUUAAAUAUAUAAUUUCAGUAAAGAAAUCAGAUAAACAUUAUAGCUUGAUAAAUUCUUAGGCAAUUCAUAUGAUAUAAAUAAGCUAUUUGGUAAACUUUCUUUUUGCAAUUCAUAUCAAUCUCGUCAGAUAGAAUAUGAAGAAAAUUAAGAACAAAAAAAGAUAUCAAUUAAAAAAAGCAAUUCAAGUGUUAGAGGUUAAGUCUACUUUAAUUAUAGUUUAAAUAAACAAAAAAAAUAUGUAGCUAGAUUUAAAUUUAACGAUGAAGCAGGAGAUUAUUUUAUGA